CUCUGGGAGUCCCGCACCUCCGCGCUCCGAGUUCCGCUGCCUAGCUCCCUCCCUCUCUCUCACAGCGUUCUUCUUGGGCUAUGAGAAUGUUUGGAGGUUCACAUAGAGGGACAUAUCAAAGCUGAUGGGCUCUGAAGGAGAGGAGAUGGGGAAGGACAAGAAAGAGGGAUCGUGGAAGAGCUAGACCUUCCUCCACCUCCAUCUCUUGUAGUCUCUCUCACCCCUACACAGCUGGUUCCCCAGGUACUGUGUAGAACUUCUCUUCCCCACCUCCUCUGAGAACAAACAGCAACACAUCUCCAGAAGAGAGAGAAAAAGUGUGUGAAGGCUUUGAUAUUUGCACCACUUCUGUUCCAUCGAACAACCUCUAACACAUCUUGAUCACAAAUCUAUUGUUGGUAUUGGGUUGAAAACCAACCAUACCAGCACCCAUGAAGCGGGUCAGCAGCUCAGACUAUCUGAUCCCCUUCUGCCCGACUGAUGAAGGGAAGGGGAUGUAUGAGAGAGGAUUCCAGCCCAUGAUAGACGGGUUAGGCGAGGAGGAGUGCGGUGACGAGGAGAUGUGCUCCUCCGGCAGCGGCGGCGGCGGCGGCGGAGAGAAGAAGCGCCGCCUGAGCGUGGAUCAAGUUAGAGCGUUGGAGAAGAAUUUUGAGGUGGAGAACAAAUUGGAGCCCGAUAGAAAGGUGAGGCUGGCCCACGAUCUCGGUCUCCAGCCACGACAAGUGGCUAUCUGGUUCCAGAACCGCCGCGCCCGGUGGAAGACCAAGCAGCUGGAGCGCGACUACGCCGCCCUGAAGGGCAGCUAUGAAGCUCUCCGCGUCGACUUCGACGCUCUCUAUCGAGACAAAGAGGCACUUCUCAACGAGAUAAAGAUGCUGAAAGAGAAGUUGGCAGAGGAGGAGAGCGCGAGCUUCUCCUCGGUCAAACAGGAGUCAGUGGCGUUGGAAUCCCAGAACAAGGUCUCGGAGGAACCACCGGCUCCGGUGUACAAAGACGGGUCGUCGGACAGCGACUCGAGCGCUGUCCUCAACGAUGAGAACAGCCCGCAUGGGCGCAGGAUGUCGUCGUCGACUGCCUUCGAGACGUUCUCGGCAGCCAUCGGAUUCGAAAACUCCACAUCCUUCCCAUGUUCGCCCCCAUCCUUACUGAAUUCCGACGCGAGGCAACAAAAAGGAGGAAUCUUCUUCCAACACCAGCUCUUAAAGACGGAAGACCAUGGAUUUCUUAGCAGCGAGGAGCCAUGUAGUAGCUUCUUAUCCGACGACCAGGCGGCCAUUCUCAAUUGGUACUACUAUUCCGAGCACUGGACCUAAAUGGCGGAGGUGGUGGUGGAGGAGAAGCAGCAGGAGGAGAAUAAUAGUGGACCGAGAAAGGGGGCGGGUUGGAAUUUUUGUAAAAUUGGAAACGUAUGUAGCCGUUGGGAUGAGUACCGUGGUCGCUGUAGUACUGUACAAAAGCUAUUUCCGGGUUGCAGAGGAGGAGAGAGAAAAGGAGAGCAAGGUCGAGAGAGGGGAGAGAGAUAAAGCUUGAUCUCUUUUUAUCUUAAAUAAAAGAACCCUUUUUUUAAUA